AAGAAUCAAACAUGAGACCAAACCUCUAGCUUUUCAUAGGCAUUAAGGUUCAAGAAACAACAACACAGAGAGUUUCCUCCAAAGAUGAUUAACCAAUUCAGCUCUGUCUCAUUACUCUACGCCAUCGAGAUCGCAAACGCUACGCAAAACAUAGACUUCACAUGGUCAAGAACCAUCUCUUCACAUUCAUUAACCAUCAAAACAGAGAAUAUCAAGGACGAAGAACAUGACCAUCAUCAGCAGCAGGUGAAGAUAGAUCUCGCAGGCUCUUCAUUUUGGGGCAAAAAAGGUCUAAAGAGCUUAGAAGCUAACCACACAAAGGUCGACGUAUACUGGGACUUUCGCAAAGCCAAGUUCUCAACCUUCCCUGAACCUUCUUCAGGCUUCUACGUCUCUCUCGUGUCCCAAAACGCUGUAGUUUUAACCAUAGGAGACUUAAAGAACGAGGCUAUGCAAAGAACCAAGAAAAAACCCUCGGCUACAGAAGCCGCCUUGGUGUCCAAGCAAGAGCAUGUCCAUGGGAAACGUGUGUUUUACACAAGGACAGCGUUUGGUGGUGAGUCAUCAAGACGUGAGAACGAGGUGGUGAUAGAGACUUCGCUCUCUGGUCCUAACGACCCUGAGAUGUUUAUCACCGUGGACGGUGUGCCGGCGAUAAGGAUCAUGAACUUGAACUGGAGGUUUAGAGGGAAUGAAGUUGUGACUGUGAGUGAUGGUGUUUCCGUGGAGAUCUUUUGGGAUGUUCAUGAUUGGUUGUUUGAGUCUUCUGGUUCUUCUAGUGGGUUGUUUGUUUUCAAGCCUAAAGUUGGAGAUGAAUCUAGAACUCUAAGCUUCAAUGGUGGCUUUGAUGGUGAGAAUGAUGAUGGUGAUAAUGAUAAUGUUGAUAAUGAUAAUGGUGAUAAUGAUGAUGAGUCGAGAAAGUAUUGUCAUGUUUUGUAUGCUGUGAAAGUUUAAUUCAGAGUUUGUGGAAGAGUUUUUGUUUUCUUUUUAAUUUGAAUAAUUAGGAGAUUCUUGUAUUUUUAUUUUAUGUGUGUGGACAUUAUCUGUUAUGAUGUGUAA